AUGUUGAAUAUGAGCACUAUCCAGGACCUCCGGGAUCAGCUGCCUGACUCAGUCGUCCUUCUCCCUGGCUCGGAGGAAUACCGCGCCUCGAUCAAGCGCUGGUCCGAUGGCGCAGAGAAGCCCGCUGCCCUCGUCAUCCUCCCCAGCACCGAGCGCGACAUCUCUACCGCCCUCACUUUCGCACAAACUCACGGGAUGGACCUGGCCGUCGCAGGCGGGGGUCACUCCACGUCCGGCGCCGCCUCCACCGCGGGUGGACUUCUUCUCUCGCUCUCGCGCCUGCGCGGGGUCACCGUCGAUCCAGAGACGCGAACUGUCACCGCACAGGGCGGCGCGCUGUGGGAGGAUGUCGACACGGCGCUGGGCCAGCACGGCCUCGCCACGGUCGGCGGGGUCGUCAACCAUACGGGCAUCGGAGGCCUCACGCUAGGCGGCGGCUACGGAUGGCUGACGGGUCUUUACGGGCUGACGAUUGACAACCUCCUGGCCACCUCUGCGAACCUCCACCCAGAUCUGUUCUGGGCGCUCCGCGGCGCCGGGCAUAACUUCGGGGUGGUCACGGAAUUUACCUUCCAGGCGUAUGAGCAGAAGGAUGAGGUCUUUGCAGGCUUGCUGGGCUUCACCCCGGACAAGCUGGAGAGUGUGGUGGAAUUUGCGAAUGCGUUGGUGGCGGAUGACGGGGAAGGGGGUGAUGGUCGAUCAGCCAUCUACUGCUUUCUGGCGGUGCCUCCGGGUGCGCCCCGGGGCACGGGGCCGACCAUCCUUGCAGCCGUAGUGUCGAUUACGAGUGAGGAAGAGGCAAGACGACGGUACGCCCCGCUGCUCGAGCUGGAUCCCGUCAUGAAUACCCUGGCGAUGGUUCCGUAUUGCCAGGUCAACGCGAUGUUGAAUGGGAUCGCGGUGCAUGGAGACCGGAAGAACACCAAGGGCUUCUCGUUCGCGAUGCCGCUGCGGCCCGGGCUGGCGCGCUCGGUGCUCACGGAAUUAGGGGCGAUUCUUCAGCAGGAGCCGGCCUGGGUGAAGUCGUACAUCGUGUUUGAAUUUGGCCAUCUCGAGAAAGUGGCCGCGGUCCCGCGGGAAGAGAUGGCCUUUGCGAACCGGAGUCGGUGUCAGAAUGGGGUCGUGCAGAUCUGGUGGACGGAUGAGAAGGAUGAUGCGCGCGCGGGGGAGAAAGGGCGACAUCUCAAGGCGUUGAUCACCGCUGAGGCAGAGAAAAGGGAGGGGGAGGAGGCAGCGGGUGCAGUGGUUUAUUCUAACUUUGUCGAAACUGGCGACCGCAGUGUUGAGGAGCUGUUUGGCGAGAAUCUGGACCGGCUACGCCUGCUCAAGGCGAAGUAUGACCCAACCAACUUAUUCAACAAGACGCAUCCACUCGUGAGUAGAAAGGAUGCGGGUCAACUCGUAUAA